AUGGACUGCCAUCCUACCGGUGACCUGACUGGAUACUUCGAGAACGCAUACCAAUUUGUUAAAGACCAUGGUAUCAGUUCCGAAGCGGAUUAUCCGUUCGUUGCCAAAAAGGGGACGUGUAAAAAAGAUAUACCAAAAGUGAUAACUACUCUUUCAGGAUACAAAGGAAUAAAACAAUCUGAAAAUGAUUUAAUUUCAGCUCUCGCUAACAUUGGUCCGGUCGCUGUCGCUGUUUCUACAGAACACUGGAUACCAUAUAAAGGGGGUGUUUUUAAUAAGACAGAUUGUGCUACAGAAUUCACUACUCAUGCUGUACUCGCUGUAGGAUAUACUGAAGAUUACAUUACCAUCAAAAAUACUUGGGGACCAGGUUGGGGAGACAAAGGAUUUAUGCAUAUCGCUAGAGGACAGAAUAUAUGUCGAAUUAAUGAUAGAGGUGCAUAUCCAAUUUUAUAA